AUGGCUAGGCAGUUAUUCACACCUCCAAUAACAAACCCGAGGUUUGAUCCAAACCAAUCGAUUAGGGAAUCAUACAAAAACACAACAAGUAGCAUGCAAUUUCAACCAAUAUUGCACGAGGAUCAAAGUGGCGACGAAAAAAGUAGUUGUGAUAUCGAUGAGAAAUCUGCAUGUAGUGAAACGCCGGAUGGUACCAAAUCCCCUACAUUGACCAAGCAAGAAAUUGACGAUGCAUUAAAUGGUGUUAGUAAUUUACCACCAGAGUUGUCAAGAUUAAUCGAUAUUUUUAUUGAUGACUUAAAGCAGCCCAAAUACGUACGGCCAUUAUCAGUAUUGCAGUUGUCAAGUCUUUUCCAAAGCUUUUACAUAAAAUUUGAUAAAGCGUCAUUUCAGCAUGUCAGUUCAAUGACCAAUAAUGGUAACUAUAGUACUAACGGGAGCCCUAGUUCAUUUUUAGCUGCUAAAGAAACAUUGAGUAGUGGACUUAGCGGAAUUUUUGCAAGGAGUAGGAGUAGCAGUGGAAAUUCAAUCAUGAGACCAAGGAGGUCUUCAUCACUGUUCAGUAAUGAAUCAACUUCAAACUCUAAUAAUGUCACUCAAAUGUUAUCACCAGAGGAGAUCAAAAGGCAAUUGAGAAUCAAUGAAUUGAACAAUAUGAGGAUUGAAAAGUACAUGGAGUUUUGUGAAAGAGACGUCUUUAAGAAAAUUCUUAUAGUAGGUACAUCUGUAUCCUCACCAAAUAAAUUAAAAAAUUUCAAAACACACCAACUACAAACUUUCAAAGUUGGAAAUCUGUUUAGAAACAGUACUGAAUUUACAGAAUAUAAUAAACUGUUGAAUGAUAAAAUACUCUGUCUAUCAAAACUCUCUAUAAUGAAUAAAAUCAAUUUGAUAAAGUUUUUGAGUCUUAAUAAAGGUAUCGAUCCAGAACCCAAAUUUGAAGAGAUCAAAGAAAUCUUAUUCGAAUUUACAUACCAUUCGAUUUCGCCAUGUGAAAAGAUCAAGGCAUUACUGAAAUUGCAUGAGAUCAUGACAUAUUCUCAAGAAAUGUCCAAUGACGACUAUUUAUCGUUAUUAAUUUACUACAUCAUCACUAUUGUUCCGCGUGAUAUUUUCUUAAACGCAGAAUUCAUCAGGUUGUUUAGAUAUAAGAAAAAACUUGUCGAAACGGAAUCAUUUGCAUUAACGAACUUGGAAGCUGCAUUAGUAUUCGUUGAAGGCUUAACUAAAAAUGAUUUUUCAAAUGAAAUGCAAGAUAAGUUAACAGAAAGCGAAGGUAAGAUCUUAGAAUGUUCAAUAAGUAGUAAAGUCGCAUUGCCAUCAAAUAACGGCGUGAUGCAUAAAACCAACGGCAACGGCAGUGGUAACAUGGGAGAAAUUGUAACCCCUACUAUUCAAAGACCGGAUGUCACUAGAUCAAAUUCAUAUGAUGGGUUCAGAACUGUCUUUGACUCAUCAUUGAAGAAUAUUAUUGGUAAAAUUAGAUCGUAUACGCCACCACACCCCAACGCCGUUGGCGGCAAUACUGUUCAUAACAAUAACAGCAAUAGCAACAACAACAACAACAACAACAACAACAACAACAACAAUUUGAACAUACCAAGAAGUUCGUCCCAGUUGUCCAUAGAAUUAAUCAAUAGAGAUACAUUAGAAAUUUCCAGAGACGUGUCAACGUCAUCAUCAUCGCAAUCUUCGGCGUCUUUAGAACGUGGGAAUCGUGAAUUUACAGGUGAUCUGACAGUAGGUGCUAAUGCUAGUGUUAACAGUAUUGAGAAAAAGGAACUCCAAAAGUCAUGGAAGAAAUACAAAGGCUACAAAUUUGAGGAUUUAACUAUAUGCGAACUAAAAGAUUUAUUUGAAAUAUACCAAAAGAUGGUGCAAUAA